AUGGAUACCCAAAACUCCAACUCCAGUGUCGAUACCGUCACCGUCAUGAACGACAACACACCCAACUCGGGGCGCGUUGUGAACAACCGGCUGGACAAGAACACCGAGCCUUAUCAAGUCAUCGGCUUCGGCCAGUGCAGCUGGGUAUACCACCGCAAAGGCAGGAACCACGUUGUCAAACUCGCCCGGCAAGGCUACCAAACCGCCCUCGAGACCGACCACAUAGCCCACCUCAAAGUCCGCGCCGCAUUCGACAUCCACAAACCCCCCGUCAACGUCCCCGAACCGAUCCGCCUCGCCCCUCCGACAUCUCGCUGGUGGGAAACCCACAGCUCCAUUCUCCUCCAACCCCCGUACGACAUCUCCCAGAAAACCUCAUGGGCCCUCCUGUCCCAGCGCAUCCCCCCCUUGCCAAAGUGCCAUCGCGACACCCUCAUCAACACCUUCUGUCCCGUGCAUAAGCGGCGGGAUGCAGCAACGGACACGAAGAACGAGGACGCGCUGGCGAGGGUGUACCUCGGACGCCGACGUGUGCCAGGGGCGCCUCUCCCGCCCAACUUCUCGCUGAGGAACUACAACCUCACGCUGGACCAGCUGCUCCAGCUCGACGCGCCCGUGGCGGAAUACGCGCGCCAAAUGGGCGAGGCGCUUUGUGUAAUGCACUGGGGCGCCUGGGUUGACGGCUAUGGCAUCGAAUUCGUCCUCGGAGGGCAGCCAAAACCUCCGAAAAUGGCGUCCUCUACUGCCACUGGGAAGCAGACAGCCGUAUCGGUGGACAUUACCAGCGCGCCAUCACCAGCACAACCGGCGUACGACGCGAACCUGGCACAGCUGUGGGUUCUCGACUUCGAUCUCUGUAGUAUGUGGGAUCGCGAGCGCAUGUGUAGGUUUCCGAACGACCUAGUCCAGCAGCUUGUCCGGGCUUUCUUCAAGAACGACCCGUAUUACCCGCUGCCCAGUAUGAAAGGCGAAGUCGAAGAAGAGCUGUGGUGGGAGUUUAGAGAAGCGUACAUGGAACAGGCUCGUAGUAUGCGGCUGAGGCAUCCGUUACCUGGAAGUUUCAUUAAAGCUUGUGAGAGGAGGGGGAGUGGGAACCUGGAGAUUUGGGAACAUGAGUUUUGA